AUGACCGAAUCCAACAGCCGGUUGUUGUUUGGUCGUGUUGGGGGAAACGUAGCUUCAGCUGGUGAAAUUUGGUCGUUGCAGCCCGGCGAUGUUUUCACGGCGAGCGGUUUUGCACCGACGGCAGACGUAAUCGCGAGCUCUCCGCGAUUUCGGAGAAAGUCGAGCACUUUCGUGGAUGCCAUCCACGAUCUUCCAGAGAAGGCAGAGUUGGCACCGGCUCAACUCUACAUCACCGAGUCCGGAAGGCUAUUUCACUCGGGCCGCAUUGUGAUCAUCACUGUCGGCCUGCCAGCUAGAGGGAAGACGCACAUUUCUGUAGCCCUGGCUCGCUAUCUGCGCUGGCUUGGAGUGAAGACGCGGAUAUUUCACUUGGGUGACUACAGACGUGCGACUAUCGGACCGGGCCAAGAUAUGCCCGAUGAUUACUUCUUUGUCAACGCUUCUGCGUCGUCCGUGCUCUUGCGGCAAAAAAUUGUGAAGAAAUGCCGCGACGAUAUAGCGCAUUUCCUGAGUCAUGAGAAUGGCCAAAUAGCAAUCUACGAUGCCGUGAACCCGAUAGCCGCUGGCCGUCGCUCGCUUGCUAAGGAGUUUGCGAAACAAAAUAUAGAGACUCUCUUUAUUGAAUCUAUGUGCGAUGAUCCACGAAUAAUAGAAGAGAACGUUCGACGAGUCAAGAUCUCUUCGCCUGAUUAUAUAAACUGGGACGCCAACGAUGCCGUCAAACACUACCUCGGUCGCAUCUCGGCAAGAAUUCCCCAUGUUGAAACUAUGGAGGAGAAAGAACUCAACUAUAUCAAGGCCGGUGUCUCGCUGGAUGCCAAUUCCUACAAAGCCGAUUCAUCUUUAUCGGAACAAGGUGAAGACUACGCGAAGAAAAUGACAGAAGUUUUACUGCAACACAGAGAGUCCGAAAGACAGACCUUGCUAUACCAAGGCGAGUCAGGCGCUGUCUUGAAGCCAUUGACUGUAUGGACAUCGACUCGGCGCAGAACAGUUGAGACCGCGAAGUACUUGCACGAAAAAGGCUAUGCCGUCCGCCAGAGGUCACAGCUGAGCCAGCUGAAUCCAGGGGUUUGUGAAAGAAUGUCCGAACAGCGUAUCAGAGAGGAAUAUCCAGAUGAAGUGACGAAGCAUGAGAUGGAUCCUUACCAUCACCGGUAUCCUCGCGCGGAGUCAUAUCAUGAUCUGGCCGUUCGCCUCGAACCAAUCAUUCUCGAACUAGAACGAGAGAAAAAUGACUUACUCAUCAUAGCUCACGAAAGUGUCUUGAGAGUCUUGUAUGGGUAUUUGAUGGCCUGUAACGCUGCAGACAUCCCGUUCCUAUCAUUCCCUCGCAACGAAAUCAUCGAAAUUAUUCCAACUAGUUAUCAAAAUGAGGCACGCAGAAUACCCAUUCCGAACCUACCACAGGAGAUGAUCCCUCCAUCCCCGGAAGAUAUCAAGAUCCCCGUGCCUUCCAGUGGCUAUACUACGCCGAUGAUGAGUUUGGGAAGCCCUUCCACAGGCCUGUCGACACCCCAGAGCGGAUAUCGCACGCCUCGAGAACCUGAGAGACUUACCCAGCAGCAUGUAGAAGACGUGGUGUAG